AUGACGGAAAAGGGUGCAGGAAAAGAUAGACGCCUUAUGCAAAUUAAAUUGUUAGAAGCUAAGCGUCAAUUGUAUUUCUCUCAAAUAAAUAAGACCUUUCAACUAUCAUCGAAAACAGAUGAAAAAUCACGGUAUAAUUUCUUAUCACAAGCUCGCGCCGUCGAUCAAUUACGUAAAGAGUUUGUAACUUUGGUUGAUGAUAUAAAUUUAUUAAAUUUGGAAGUAGAUCCCGAUUAUAGUAUUAAUUACCUGCCGUUAUCAGCUUUUGACGACUUAUAUUAUUUUAUUAAGGAUAUCCUGAAUAGUAUGGAGAGACCAAACCCACAAUCGCAAGCCGUCACACAUGCAAUUAAUCAGGAACAUACUAUUAAGAUUCCUCGUAUUGAAUUGCCUAUUUUCGAUGGUGAAUUACAAAACUUUCCUUAUUUUUACGAAACGUUUAAACGUGUUAUACACGAAAAUAAAACGUUAACGGAUUCGGAACGUAUUCACUAUUUAAUGAGCCACCUUUCCGGAAAAGCAAAACAUAUAUGUGCUGGUAUAAUCCCGGCGGCAGAUAAUUACGUAAUUAUUUGGCAAACUUUACAAAACAAAUACAAGGAUAACAGAGCUUUAGCUACGACAUAUCUAAAUCAGUUAUUUGCAUUAAAGAAUAUUAACGGUCCCUCUGCAAUAAAUUUAGAAAAUUUGGUAGAUAAAUACGCGGCCACGAUCGCAGCACUCAAACAACUUAAUAUAGAUAAUUUAAGUGACUUUAUUUUUGUUUACAUGGGCCUAAAGCUUGUAGAUUCCGAUACUGCGAAGUGUUUCGAAACAACAGUUCGUAGUCAAACGGACAUGCCUAAAUACGACGAUUUUGUUAAGUUCUUACGAGAACAGGUAAAAAUUUUGUAUCGAACCAGCACUUCAUCACAAACUCGUGGCAGUUCCAUGGCCCCGCAUCCCAACUCGGGUAGUCGCCCAUCUAGCUCACGGGCUUUAACCGUGCCGCCACGCGUCUUAGUCUCCACGCAGCAGACCCAAGGUCGUACUAGGCCAUGUAAGCUUUGCAACAACACGGCGCAUACGCAUCUCUAUGCAUGUAAUCCCUUUGCUAACCUUUCGGCUGCCGACAAAUUUAAAUUCGUUAAGGACAAUCGUUACUGCGUUAAUUGUUUGAGUAACCAACAUACCUCUUUUUAUUGCAACUCAAACACUUCUUAUCGCAAGUGUAAUGCCAGGCAUCACACGUUGCUUCAUUUUGGAAAUGAACCAUUUGCGGCGCAGUCUUGCACCGCCACUGUAGCCGUGAACGAGGAACAUGAUACUAGUGAAAUACUGAGCUCACUAGAACUUGAAGAAGAGUCCUCCUCCGAUCAAGUGCGUGACGGUUAUUUGGUUGGAGAAGGAAAUCCAGAAGUGUCGUAUUGCUCGUUGUCUUCUACAAAAUGCGAUUCAUCAUCAACAACGCAAGUUCUCGCAACCGCAAAGGUUUAUGCCACCGGUCGCGAUGGUCGCGAUGUAAUAGUUAGAUGUUUACUGGAUCCUGGUUCCCAGAAACAUUAUAUAACAACAAAAUGUUGUUCAAAACUACAGCUAAAGGUCGAAUCUAAUACGCCUGUAACGGUGAAGGGAAUAGGUGGCUCAUCACAGAUAGUCAAGGGGGCGGCAAAUAUUUCUUUUCGAUCUCGAUUCAAUAAUACAAAAUUUAAUAUUCAGGCUCUAGUGUUAAAUCGAAUCACUAGUAAUAUACCAACGUGUAAUAUCGAUACUAGAUUCCUUGAAAAUCUACGUAGUAUUCCCAUGGCGGACGAUGGCUGGGGUAUGCCAGGAGAAAUAGAUUUAUUAAUCGGUGUUAGUCUUUUUGCAGAGAUGCUACGACCUGGUAAAAUUAUCGGGGAACCCGGUUCUCCGGAUGCGCUUGAGACUGUUUUAGGAUACAUCGUUCUAGGAGAUGCUCCAGCGGUUAUCCAGGCUCAAGCCCCAGCAGUCGUAGCUUUUCAUGCUAUUUCAACAUCUGAGGUCGAGACUCUAGUUAGGAAAAUGUGGGAACUCGACGAAAUUGAUCCUAAGCAUAUCUUUAGUGCUGAUGAUAAAAUAUGCGAAGAAAAUUAUAGCAAGACUGUCACGCGUGCUACUUCCGGACGCUACGAAGUAGCAUUACCUUUCAAAUUCAGUCCAGAUCUUCUUGGUAAUUCUUUGGAAGUUGCUGGGCGUAGAUUUUUGCAUUUAGAGCGUAGGUUUACUGCUCAGCCCGCUCUAAGAGAGGCGUACGAUAGUGUAAUCAAGGAUUAUAUAUAUCAAGGUUAUUUGUCUCCUAUUGAUACAGCCGAUAAAGAUCCUCUGCACUUUUACAUGCCCCACCACGCUGUUCUUAGGGAAGAUAAAUUAUCGACACGGAUUCGACCUGUCCUGGAUGCAAGUGCUAAGUCUAGUAGCGGAUUUUCUUUAAAUGAUCUUUUAUAUGCCGGUCCCAAUUCAAAAAAAUUCAACGCGACCUUUUUACAAUACUAA